UGGUUAUCACUAAGCAAUCUCAGUCAUCCUUCAGCAACGAAGGAGUGUGGUCCGUUUCGACGGAAAACUGGAAUUGAAAACGAGUUAUUGGCAUUGGUGUGAGUUGUAAGUGAAAAUAUAAAAGGCCUCGCCUUAAUUUAGUGAACAUGUUUUUCCAUGCAGUCACAAAUGAGUUUGGAAUUCAAUGAAUUACUGUUAAUGGUUUUUAGGUGUCAAGCGAAGUGGUGUCUACAAUAAAGAAAUAUUGGCAAACAAAACCAUAAAACAAAGGCCAAUUGCCAUUCGCGAACGGGUUAAAGCGCGCCUGAAAACUACAAAAUCAUGGCAUUAAUUUGUAUUAGAUCCCAAGAUACAGAUACUUAAAGUAUAUCUCGUUAUUUAAUUUGCUUGCUUUACGUCACCUACGAAUACAUAUGGAAAAUACUCACCAGAAAUAUUUACGUUCGUAUAUGUUCGUACAUAGAUACACAUGUACAUGUGCAUGUGCAUAUUUAAAUAUGAAUUUGGCAAACAUCAAAUGUAUUUUCUACCAUAUAUCUUCCAUAUGGCAAAAAAUAUUGCGCUCAUCCACUAAUUCAAAUCAAAUUUAUUAAGAAAGACUAUUUGGUUUUUAUGAGAAGCUCAUGGUUACGUUGCCAGACUACAUAAAUAACGAAAUGGACGAAAUAAUCUACCAAAGCAAUAAUCAAAAUUCUGUAUAUGUGCUUAAUUCCAACUAUAGAUCAUAUGGGGACUAUGAGUUUCUCAAAUUAAUUGACCCUAAUGACAUGAACAAUAAAAAUAUGCCAAAUUACAAAAACUCAUCGGCUGCGAGAUCCGGUUCUCGUUGUUGUUCCGCCGGUGCGCACAUAAUGCAACAUAAAUUGCAUAAUUUGGGGAAAUUUUGCGAAGUUACGGAAAUAAUCGGAAAUGCUGUCACAUCCCCGCCUUCGUUGUUGGCAGCAGCCUUGUCAACUACAUCCACAACACCGCCAACAUCGAGAUGCUUGCCACCGGCACCUGCAUUUCAAAACUUCUUCAACUGCAGCUUUGCGGCAAAUGCCACUGGCGGUACCAGUGCCAACGCAACGCACGAUGAUGGUAGCACUGGUGGAGGUGUGGAUGCCAUUAAAAUCAAACCCAACAACAGUAAUAAGAAAAAGUGUGCCAAUGUCAAGCCAUCCCUUAUGGAGAAGAAAACUAAAUUUAGAAAGUUCAUCGAAGAAGAAAAAUGGAGAACGUGUGAUACGAGUAUUGGGGAAAAUGUGCACCAACGAAGCACCAGCAACAAUGACCGUGUCGGAUGCACCGGUUCGGUAACACCCACUGAAUUUCGGACCAACUCAUACAUGAAGGAAUCAAAUGCUGCUGACUCAACAACGCUAACCACUUCAAUGGCCGCAAAGGCAACCUGUGCGUCAUUGAACAACAUCGUUAAACAUUAUUGGAACGACAAAAUGGAUGCGAAUGCUACAGGCGAGAGCAAGCGACACCAGCAUCGAAAGCAGUCGAACAAUUGGAGUGGGAGUAGUGAUAGCAACAAUCAACAUCGACAAAAGUUGGAAGUGCUGAAAUCGUCACGACAACAAAAGAGCAAUUACGAGCUAUAUAAAGAAGCCUCCGAACUGCUCGGGUUGUCUUGCACACUUUGUGAUAACUGUCGAUGCCUCGAAUGCCAGAGCAGUUACUUCGAGUGCGAUGACUCUGAUAGUUUUUCGGAACUAUCCAACUCCGAUGGAUUUGAUGAGGAUAUAAUGGGCGCCCUAAACAAUUCUGUAGACCUGGUAAUGUAUACCAAUUGCUACAGGGACGAUGUGAUGAUAACUUAUGAUACAGUGACAACACAACAGCAAUCGUGGCUAGGGACUGCCGACCAGUUGCAGCAUGAACAGCUUGAAGCCAACUUCAUUCGUGUGGAUGCAGAUUCCAAUGCAUCAGAAAUGCUGGGCGAUGAUCAAGAUAACAACUAUGGUGACAAUGAAGUCAUAGCUUUUGCCCGCCAGACAGGUGCCAUUAAACAUAAAGAACUGCCUUCGGAACAACGCCCGCGUAGCAAUGUAUUAGAAAAUUUCACGAGCUUUAACGAACUCCGCUUGGCGGACGACAGCGAGGAGUCGUUCAUUGGUUCUGAAAAUCACAAAAAAGGAUAGAAGCAAGUUCAGGAAAUGUGCGUUAGAUCGAUAAUACCAAGGAUCCUUAGGCUUUACCAAUAAUUUCGGAAUAUGUUUGUAUCGGUGAACAUACAUACAUAGAACCCCACAUCUGCAGUCGUACAAGUUUCCUUCUGCUUCAUGAGGAUAUACGUACUAUCUAAAACUAGCCACUCCUGCUUCAUCUUUGAACUGGAUGUCAUACAUAAAUACAUAUGUACAUAAAUAAUAUUCAACAUUAUUCCUUCAUUAUUACAUUAUUCAGCUAUCAAAAAAAAAAACAAUAAUUAUAUUUACCAAUUGUAUGCAUUUAAUCAUCUAA